AUAAAAAUAAAACAUAGCAAAAGCCAACCAGAUAUCCAAAAUAAAAACACAAUCUUUCCUCAAUAUUGUCACUCCCCACUCUCCAUUUCUCCACAGUCUCUUUCUUUUGCUCCCUUUAACACUAUCAACAAAUAAACUGCAGGCUCAGGUGAAGCCACAGAGCUAGAAUUUAAUUCCUUUAUUUAGUUUCUUGAAUAGUAUGAAGUAAAUGAAAACACAAAAAAGCUUCUUCUUCUCAGAAGAAGAUGAGUACUCAACCUCAUCAAGAAACAGAAAAACUUCCAUUUUCAUUAGAUGCUUUGUACUGUGAAGAAGAUGAUUUUUUCACCGAGGAAGUAAAGGUAGAAGAAGAAGAAGGAGAGAGUUUUUGCAGUGAAAACAUAAACCCUAAUCCACAUGACUUGAUAUGGGAAGAGGGAGAGCUAAGCUCUUUAUUUUCCAAAGAAACAGAGAAUGUAAUAAAUAAUGUAGUUGAGAAAACCCCAUCUUUAUCUUCAGCAAGAAGAGAAGCUGUUGAAUGGAUUCUCAAAGUCAUUGGUUAUUACUCUUUUUCUGCUCAAACUGCAUUUCUUGCAGUUAACUACCUUGAUAGGUUUCUUUCUAGCUUUGAGUUUCAAAGUCAUAAGCCAUGGAUAAAUCAACUUGUUGCUGUAGCUUGUCUUUCUUUAGCUGCAAAAGUUGAGGAGACUGAAGUUCCUCUUCUUCUUGACCUCCAAGUUGAGGAUCCAAGAUAUGUGUUUGAAUCUAAAACAGUUCAGAGAAUGGAGCUGUUGGUUCUCUCCACACUGGAAUGGAAGAUGAAUCCAGUCACUCCAUUUUCAUUUCUUGAUUACAUUACUAGGAGGCUUGGAUUGAACAACUGUCUCUGUUGGGAAUUUGUGAGGAGAUGUGAGAGGGUGCUUCUCUACACAAUUACCGAUUGCAGAUUCAUUGGUUACCUUCCUUCUGCUAUGGCUUCUGCCACAAUGUUGCAUGUUAUUGAUAGGCUACAGCCCUGCAUUGGAGAGAAGUACCAAGAUCAACUUUUGGACAUCCUUGGUAUUGUCAAGGACAAGGUGGAAGACUGUUAUAGGCUAAUGCAAGAGGUGGCUACAAACAUUGACUUCCAUUCAAACAAACGCAAGUUUGGGACUAAUUUGCCAGGGAGUCCAACAGGGGUAAUGGAUGUGUCAUUUAGCUCAGAUUACUCCAAUGACUCAUGGUCAGUGGCUACAUCAGUUUCUUCUUCUCCAGAGCCAUUGUCCAAGAAGACUAGGGAGUCAAGAGAAUGACCAUUAAUUAAAUUGAUGUCUUUAAAUGUUUCCUUAAUAGACUAGUGAUCAUCACUUAGUUUACAUAUGUAUAAUGUUCAAUAAUAGUACUUGUCUCAUCUAUUUAAGUUCUUGUUCUUCACAUGUUAA